AACAGAACGUUAUGUGUGUACGAGCCUUAAUAUUAAACGUAACUAAACAAACACAUUACUAUCUUCUGUUUAUUAUAUUAAUGGAAAACCCAUAUAUUUCUAUAUUUAUUCCUAUUUAUUUUGAAAUCACCGCAAAUAAAUAACCAAUCAGACGCGGGCAUGCGUUUUUCCCUUAAUCAAUAACCAACGGAAAAACAGCUGACAUACGAAAAAUAUCCGAAUCAAGAGAAGCCCACUCGAUUUAUUAAGACAAAAAGUCAAAAAGUAGCUAAAAUUUUUAUAAGCCGAGUAAAUGUUAAAUUGCCAAAAUUUUCUUACAAAUUUUGUGUCAAAGAUAUCUCUAGGAUACGUUCAUUUUUCUAUAGGUAGCUUAAAAGCUCUCGUUAGCUUAAACCAGCUAAAUGCAUUGGAAUUAGCAAAAAUAAUAUAAUGGACUACAUUAGAGAGUUUGAUAUACAAUUAGAGAAAGAACACUACUAUGCUGGGGAGAGUAUAUGCGGUACAGUUAUCCUGGACACUGUAGAAAACUUUAAAUUAAGAACUAUUAGAGUUAUACUAAGAGGUAAAGCACACGCAGAAUGGAAGGUAUUGUUAUCUGGAGAUCGGAGAACUGUCAAAGAAGAUCAGUACUUUGUCGAUCAGCGUCAAACAAUAUGGGGGGAAAAGAAUUUAGAGUCUACCAUACCGAUAUUACCUAGGGGAGUUCAUAAGUUUCCUUUCAAGUUUUCUCUUCCUGAGUCAAACCUACCCUGUUCUUUCGAGAGCAGACCCGGCCAGAUCCGGUACUACUUCAAAGUUACCAUAGAUAUACCGUAUGCAAGUCCCCCACAGGGCAUGAAGUACUUCACUGUUAUAGGGCCUCAUAUAGACUGUAUGGACGAACAUUAUUUGAAACCAGCUAUACUGGAAAGUAAGAGAUCUACGUGUUGUUGGUGUUGCAAAAAGGGUACAGUCUCUCUAAGGUGUGUCCUUGAACGGUCUGCAUACGUUUGCAGGGAAAGUAUCAAACUAAAGGCUACCAUUGACAAUCAGGGGGAAGAAGAAGUAAAACUACGAGUUAGGUUAGAGCAAAUAUGCGAGUACUUUAUAGAUAGGGGCGUAUUGGGAGCUUCAAAGGACCAAAAGCAAGUAGUUUUUGAAUAUAGAGGAAAUCCUGUUAAAGCUCAGAAAAGAAUUAAAUGGGACAGUAGCAACGUGCUAGUGAUUCCUCCUGUGCCAACCACUCUAAUAGGAAUUUGUCGACUGAUUCAGAUAUACUACGUAUUAACGGUAAGCCUGGACACUUUGAAAGAACCAGAUUUAGUAACUGUCAGUUUACCAGUUACCAUUGGUACUGUUCCUUUUAGAAUACCAAAUAGCGAUAAGAAUCCAGUUAUAAAAUAUGAACAUGCGUGUUCUCAUGUGGAGGGAGGUCAAUAUUUGGCACCCGAUUUUUUGCUGGGUCAAGUAUAUGAUGGAAAUGAACAUUAUUUAAGGGAACCUAUAGUUUUGUAUAAACCAGUUUAUGUCACAGUAGACAAAUCGGACGAAAAAUGAGAAUAUCAAGGCAAUAAUAAUCCAGAUCUACAGGGUAUUUCAACUCAAUUUUAGUUAAUCUACGUCUAAUUACGUAAGUUAUUCAAGACUGAGUACUAUAAAUCGUUACAUUCAUUUUCUUUACCUACAACAAAUCAUAUUAAAAAUUAUUAUUGUGAUAUACCAUAUGAUCGAAAAAAAAACGCGUCAAAGAGGACUGGAGGAUAAUUUUGCCGAGGUCAAUCUAUGGACGUCACACUACUAAAAAUUGACCACCAUGAUUAUAGAAAAACACUGACCAAGCACUGAUUAUAGAAAGAUUAAAAAAAAGAACGUUUCCCCAGAUAAAUAAAUCUAUUUCCGAAAAAAUAUUUUUUCUCGACAAAAAAAUAAAUUACAACCUUCUUAAGGCCAAGAAAAUGACGUAUAGGGCUUGACCACGCCAAAAUUAUCAUCGAUCAUCGUUCCCCAGCCGUCUGUGACGCCAGUUUUUUUCGAUCGUACGGUAUUUUAAUUUAUUUUACAAAACAGAUUGUUUAAACAUGCUUAUAGCAUGUUACUUUGAUUGAAAAGUUAGUACCUAUAAUUGCAAAUUAUUUUACUAUAGUUUAUGUCAUUUCUAAGGAUUAACCGAUUGUCUUAUGAACUAUGAAGUACCGCAACGUCUAUAGCAAUUAUCGUGUGUCAAAUAAAUAAAUACUAACUUUUGAUGUAAAAUUUUGUUGUAUUAAAAUUGUAAAAUAUGACGUUAUUAUUUUAUUGUUUUACUCUGUGAACCAAAAACUAUUUUUUUAAUAAGAAAUUUGGACAAACAGAAGUAUGUUAGUAUUGUUUUGGUUCACAGUGUAUACAUGUAGGUACAACGCAGAUAGUUCUUGUGUUAUACGAAAAAAAAACAUCACUCAUAUGCAUGUAAAACGUCAGAAACGCCAUUUUUUAUUGAAAUAAGAAUUUUGUGAAAGUGAAUACUUUGAUUGUAUUUUUAUAUUUGCAAUAUCAG